AUGAUUACUCCUCCAGACCGUUUGCUCCCGCUGCCUCCUCAGACACAAGCUCGUUCCUCUGCCACAUUCCGACCCCCUCCCUUAGAUGGUUCCCUUGCUCUCCCUCAGCUAUAUGCUUGGCAUCUGGACCAUACGCCGAAUCACCGCUUAUUCAUCUAUGCUGAUCAGGAUGGCAGUGUAAAAACCAUCUAUUGGCCUGAGGCAGUAAGAGCUAUGUACACAGGGGCUCGUAUAAUCAAAGAUCGCUUGCAGCAGCAAACGGAUGCAUCGAAAGCGAUUGUUGUAGCGAUUCUCGCAGGCUCAGAUACGAUCCCUUAUUUCAUUACGCUCAUGAGUAUCAUGUGCGCUAACUUGAUAGCCUUUCCGAUCUCACCCCGAAAUUCAGCAUCAGCGGUAGCUCACCUCAUCAGCAAAGUAGGCAUCGAUCACAUACUCGUCGGACGCGAGCAGUCUAUGCGGGACCUUUCUCUGGCUGCAUUUGACAAACUGAAAACUCAAUACCCAUCUACUCCAACCCCUGAGCUGUCACCCAUGUUGAUUUUUGAGGACCUUUUCUUUCCCGUUGAUGUAGGCGCACCAAUCAAGCAUUUUUUGUACGAAAACAAAGGUCCCGAUGAAAUUGCCAUGUUUUUGCACUCGUCAGGAUCCACUGCGUAUCCUAAACCCAUCCCAUUCACCAAUCAUCGUCUUGUGCAAAUGUCCCUUAUUCCAUGGUAUGGAGAGCGUGAUCUCACGGAUCAGAUUCUAUCUCUGCAUACCAUGCCCAUGUAUCACGGUAUGGGAAUGACGCAGCUAUGCUGGACGAUGUCAUGUGGACUUGUCGCGAGCGCGUUUGCUCCACAAAGCCCAACUCUUGUACCAACGCCGGAAAGUCUAUUCAAGGCGGCCAAAGCCACGAAAAGCGACAUCAUAUUCUGUGUCCCCACUUUCAUCGAAGCGUGGUCUCACAAUCCCGAUUACGUCAAAUGGCUUGCAACUCGUGGGGGAGUGCUCUUUGGUGGUGGUCCUUUGAAUCAGGAGGUAGGAGAUAAUUUGGCAGCGAAAGGAGUUAGCAUAUUCAACCUUUAUGGCUCUACUGAAGCUGGCAUUAUAAGCAUUAUAUUACCUUCUAAAGCCGGGUACGAUUGGGAGUACUUUAAAUUCCCCGCUUUAAUCACACCUGAAAUGGUACCGAAUGGCAACAAUACGUUUGAGCUUGUUAUAGUCGCGAACAAUCUUUGCCGACCCAGUGUAAUCAACACUAUUAUAGGUGGAAUAGACGCUUAUUCUACUUCGGACCUCCUCAGCCCACAUCCUACGAAAACAGGUUACUGGAAAGUGUAUGGCCGCACCGACGAUCAGAUUAUGCAUAGUACUGGAGAGAAGACAAAUCCAGGCCCUUUGGAAAACACUCUGAAUCAAAGCCCGUUUAUUCAAUCUUCUGUUAUAUUCGGUCGUGGACGAUUUCAGGCUGGCGUAAUUGUGGACCCCAAGCUUGCUUAUCAUAUUGAUCCAUCCGACGAGGGUGCGCUCGCUGAGCUCAGAAACAAAAUUUGGCCGAUGGUUGAACGUUUGAACGAGUAUGCACCACAGCACUCCAGGUUAUUCAAGGAGUUGUUUAUUCCUCCUAUUACUAAGAUGAUCAUCGUCUCGAAGCCUUCAAAACCGUUUACAUAUACUGCAAAAAACACAGCUCGCCGACAAGCCAUUCUCGAUGACUACGAGGAGGAGAUUAAUGCAGUUUACGAUGCGGUUGAAGAGAGCACACAGGCAACUAUUGCUCCACCUGCCCAAUGGGACCUCGCUUCUACUACUGAGUUCAUCCGUGGAGUUAUGAGCUCUGUCUUGUCGAGGAAUGUUUCAGACUACGAUGAUGUCUUUCAGCAUGGGUGUGACAGUCUUCAAGCGACGUGGAUCCGUAACACUAUUCUCCGAGCUAUACGUGAUUCGACAAGGUUUGACACCCGCCAGAUCGUUGGUAACUUUAUCUACGACUACCCUACCGUAGCUACUUUAAGCAAGUUCAUCCAUAACUUGCUAUUUGGAUGCGGCGGCGACAUUCAAAAAAUUGGCGCGGUCGAAACAAUGCGCUUAAUCGCGUCAAGAUACUCACAAAACUUCCCCAGCCGCAAAACCAACCGCACUGUGACAAGUUCAGGAAGGUCAACCGUUUUGCUGACAGGUUCAACUGGUGCUCUCGGUUGCUAUCUCCUCGUUGGACUCCUAUCGCAUCCCAAUGUUUCACGUGUGUAUGCACUAAAUCGAGGGCAUCACGAUGGGAAAACGCUAGUGCAAAGACAGGAGGAGGCUCUAUUGAAUUUUGGGCUUGAUGUCGGAGCUUUGGAUUCUGACAACGUUGUUCUAUGUGAGGGGGAUCCUGCUAGUGAAUUCUUCAACCUCUCUAGUGCCCUGUAUGAAGAAAUGCAACGUUCUGUGACACAUAUCAUCCAUAACGCUUGGCGUGUCGAUUUCAACCCCACCUUGACGACGUUUGAAAUCAAUAUCAAGGGACUUCGCAAUUUAAUCGAUUUCUCACUAUUAUCACCUCUACAGAAGCCAGCCCGACUACUUUAUGCCAGCUCUAUAGGUGUUUUUCGAAAUGUGGAAAGCAACGCACUGCUUAUGGAGCAACCCAUCGAGCCGGAGAUUGCCGUGGGCACAGGCUACAGCGAGUCAAAAUGGGUUUCUGAGAACAUAUUGUGCGAAGCAGCAGAACACACAGAAAUGGAAGUGUUGAUAGUGCGCGUUGGACAGCUAUCUGGAGGUUUGAAUGGAGCAUGGAAUAUCACCGAAUGGCUCCCUGCCCUAGUUCAGAGUGCUAGUAUUUUAGGGCUUUUACCUGAUGAUCAUAAGCAAGUGUCAUGGAUUCCGCUCGAUAUUGCAGCCUCUGCAUUUAUAGACUUCUGUACCGCAUCAAAAUUUCCUUCAAAGCGUAUCGUCCAUCUCAUUCAUCCACGUCCUGUUCGCUGGUCAUCCCUCGCUGCCGUUCUGUCGUCGGAGUUUUCUGUACCACUUGUGCCCUACACUGAGUGGCUGUCAAGGCUUGAACAAGAAGCUGUCGAUGCAGAGGAUAAUUCUAGUGACCUAAAGGUUACUGGAUAUAUUCGUGCUCUACGACUGCAGUCGUUUUUCAAGCACAUCGCUACGAAGACGGCCAGUUCUGAAGCGUUUGGGUUCGACUCAUUUGAUACUAGGGAAGCUAUUGCCUUAUCGUCUCAGCUGGCAAAUCCCGCCCUCCGUCAGCUUGGGCGUGAGGAUGUCAAAAAUUGGCUGGGCUACUGGCGUAACAAAGGGCUACUGGAAAAGCGAGAGUGA